AUGAUUAGGGGACCGAGUGGAGGAGGAAAAUCCACUCUCCUCCACGUAUUCGGAACGCUCACACGCCCAAGCGGCGGCCGUUUGCGCCUCUUUGGCACGAAUAUGCAAACCAUUCCCGAGCACCGUCUCCCCGACUUCCGAUUGAAUCGCAUCGGCUUUGUCUUCCAAACCUUCAACCUGCUCGCCGCCCAGUCUGCUUUCGAAAAUGUUGAGCUCCCGAUGAUUCUGUCGGGCAGGCUCAAACGCCUUGAGAGGCACGAAAAGACCGCAAGACUCCUCAAGGAGGUCGGGCUCGGCGACCGCGCAGACCACCUCCCUUCCGAGCUGUCCGGCGGCGAGCAGCAGCGCGUAGCAAUCGCGCGCGCCUUGGCCAACAAACCCGACCUGCUGCUGCUCGAUGAACCGACGGGCGACCUCUCCAGCGCCGACACUUGCGAGAUCAUGGACCUACUUCUGCGCGUCAACGUCGAGAACCGCACGACGUGCGUCAUGGUGACACACAACGACGACUUGGAGUGCUACGCAGACCGGGUGCUGUACCUCGAGGAGGGGCGUUUCUCCCGGCAGCGGCUCAACUCGGAGCAGAGGCGGCUCGAUGCAACCAAGUAUGCCGCCUAUCUGACUAGCCAGGAGCGCAACGCAAUCAAGGACGAGGACGAGGGGGUGAGGGACGGGGGGGCUGAGGGACUCCUCCGAGAGCACAAGGGACAUUUCUGUCCAAUGACGAUUUGUAAUAAAUAG